AUGGAAUAUAACCAAACUGCCUCAAAAUGGUUGCCAUCCUUCCCGGGGUUUGAUUUGCUGGUGGGUGAGGCCACACAAGGUGGACAGAUCCAAUGGGCCCCACCCAUCUCGCUGGUACAAAAGCUCAUGCCGUUUGCUGUCAAACUUGAACUGGGGGGCCUUUUUGGGGCUGGUGGCUCAGGUGUUGUGAUGGCGAGUGGCGCGCCUGUGUUUCCUGUGUUUGGGUGGAAAAGGACGGGAGAUGCCGGCGCUGUCUCCAUGCUCCUUUAUUCGACGGACGACGGCCAAACGUGGGCGCUCUCAGCGGGGAUGCUCCCCGCUGGCUGCGCUUCGUCCCUCCUCGCCGAGUGGGAGGCGGGGCAGCUUCUCAUGAUUGCCGAUUGUGUGUUUAGCCGCAGGGUGUUCGAGUCGAGGGACAUGGGGGCAACGUGGACGGAGUCUGUCAGCACACUCUCGCGCGUGCAGGGAGAUUUUGGAUCAAACCCUUUGCAACGGCCUCGGCGUGUGACGUCCCUCACCACCGCGACGAUUGCUGGAACGAGGGUCAUGCUGUACACCCAGAAAAACUACCCACUCGGGGAGGCGGAGGCGGAGGCAAAGGAUCUUUUUCUUUGGGCCACCGACAACAACCGGACGUUUCGCGUCGGGCCCAUUUCCAUGGACGCUGAUGGGAAUAUCACACUCUCCAGCGCCCUGCUGUACUCGAACGAUAAACUGCACUUUUUGCAGGAGAGAGGCAGCGGAACAACGAACGUGAGCCUGAUUUUGUCCCCCCUGGCGGAGGAGUUGAAGACAAUCACGUCGGUCUUGGGCACUUGGGCAGAGCUGGACUCCGCCUUCUCCAAGUCGUCUGUGCCCACGGCCGGCCUGGUUGGAUUCCUGUCGGAUGCGUCGAGUGAUGCAACGUGGGACGACGCGUACCGUUGCCUGAACGCAGUUGUGACGAAUGGAAAGAAGGUCGACAAUGGCUUUGAGUUCACUGGGGCCGGGUCCUACGCCUUUUGGCCAGUGAACAUGUGGCAGUAUGGUAACGUGUACGGCUUUGUGAAUUACGAGUUCACGCUUGUGGCGACGGUGACCAUCCAUCAGGCUCCGAGGGGGAGC